GGUUACCAGUCUCUGAGACAAUACCUAAACUGGAUUGGACCGGUUUAGGUUUAGCUGUUCUUGGCGCUGUUUCUCGAACGACCAACUCAAAUGUGCCAUGAUACUAGCAAAACCGGUGGACCGUGGACAUGUUUUCAAGAAAAAACUUAAGAGCGAUCUCCAUAACAAAACUAAAUGUCAGACCAACAUGUCUCCAAUGCGAUCAUAUUUGACAGCUAAGAUGUUGGGUUUUGAGAAUGCCAUUGUCGGUUUUGUUGAGACUAUCCAGGCAUGGUUUCGAAGUUAAAUUUGAGAGAAGAAUUGGUGUCAA